GACCUCAUUUUACCUAAUAUUUCCAUCUUAUAAAUUGUGUGUUGUGUAAUCAAAGAGAAUUAUGUUUAGUUAAGCUGGGCUUUCUGUACUAUUUUGUUUAUUUUUUUCUCUAAAGGCGAAUCUACGUGUUAAUAUAACCGGAAGUAGACGUGUAACUGGAGAAUUGGUCCUACAGCUCGACCAGGAACAAUUGCAAACCGGAGUUUUCUCAAAGAGAGCUGUCAUGUUGAGACAGCAUGUUUAUUAGAUUCUCAAACAGUAGUUAUGGGACUCAGAGUAGAAAUAGUUACACGGCGUUCAUUGCAUUAUUAGAUUAAAAAAUGAUAUGAUUGUCGUUUUUGCUAAUUAGCCUAAACUGCUUAACUAAGUUAAAGAUCGACCGAUUCAUUUGUUAAUUUAUUGAAAUUAUUCUCUCAUCUGUCAACUAGCUAAUGACGUAGCUAAAAUAGUUUUCCAAGUGACUCUGCUUUAUGGUAAAAGUGAUAGGUAGCUCAUUAUUAAAUCUUACUUUAUACAUCAGGACUGUAUUGGUACGCGAUAUGUACUAUGUAUGUACAUAAUGCAUAAUCAAACAGCGAUUUAAAUGCCAUGGGAAGAAAACUGUUUGUGUUUGUUGGAAGCAUGUAAUCUGUAGAUGUAGGAAACGGUUCGAUCCGUUUAGUACAUAGGUAACUACCAGUUAGACCAAGCGCCUUUUCUUGUUUUCAGUCGUUCUCAACAAAGUAGGUUUUUUCGUUUGAUAUAAAGAUGUCCCAGUUGCCAGUGCUCCCGCUUCUGAUCAACCUCUGCUUGUCUGUGCUGGGAUGUUUGGCCACAGUAAAGCUCAUUCCAGCUUUCAAAGAGCAUUUCAUUACGGCCAGAUUGUUUGGCAUGGACCUGAAUAAAACCAAGAAAACGGAGAUUCCUGAAUCUCAAGGUGUCAUCAGUGGAACAGUGUUCCUCAUCAUCCUCUUCUGCUUCAUCCCGGUGCCCUUUCUCAGCUGUUUCAUGGGGGAGCAGUGUAAGGCUUUCCCUCAUGAUGAGUUUGUUCAGUUGAUUGGUGCCCUGCUAGCGAUCUGCUGCAUGAUCUUCCUGGGUUUUGCCGAUGAUGUGCUGAACCUCCGUUGGCGCCACAAGCUGCUCCUGCCCACGGUGGCCUCAUUGCCCUUGCUCAUGGUCUACUUCACCAACUUUGGCAACACUCUCAUUGUGGUGCCCAAGCCCUUCCGUGCUCUGCUGGGCAUGCACCUUGACCUGGGGAUCCUGUACUAUGUGUACAUGGGGAUGUUGGCUGUGUUCUGUACCAAUGCCAUCAACAUACUGGCUGGCAUCAAUGGCAUAGAGUCUGGGCAAGCUCUCUUCAUCUCAGGCUCCCUCAUAGUCUUCAACAUGCUGGAGUUGAAUGGUGACUUCAGAGACGACCACAUUUUCUCCCUUUACUUCAUGAUCCCCUUCUUCUUCACCACGCUGGCUCUCUUCUACCACAACUGGUACCCAUCAGCAGUGUUUGUGGGUGACACCUUCUGCUAUUUUGCUGGGAUGACCUUUGCUGUGGUUGGAAUACUGGGCCACUUCAGCAAGACUAUGCUGCUCUUCUUCAUACCUCAAGUGCUUAACUUCCUGUACUCGCUGCCUCAGCUCUUCCACCUGGUUCCCUGCCCACGACACCGUCUGCCCAGACUAAAUCCUGAAACAGGAAAACUGGGCAUGAGCUACUCCAAAUUUAAGAAGAAGGACCUCUGCAAAUUAGGAGCCCUCAUUCUAAAGGUGGCAGAGACAUUAAAGCUUGUAGAUGUGCAGCAAGGCCUAGAGGGAGAUGGAGAGUUUGUACAAUGCAACAACAUGACCCUCAUCAACCUGGUGCUGAAGGUUCUGGGACCCAUGCAUGAAAGAACCCUGACGAGCGUAAUGCUGCUCACACAGGUGCUUGGGAGCGCUGUGGCUUUUGGGAUUCGCUAUCACCUGGUACGUCUCUUCUAUGAUGUGUAAAUGGCAUGGAUGGAAUUCUGAGGGACACCACAACAUCCUCUCUGGGAUUUAGGUUUUAUUCAGUUUGGUAUCUGCCUUUUUAGUUUUUAAGAAUGUACUGAAUUGAAAUCGUAACUUUUUUCCUUUUAUUUUUUUGUUCAAACUUUGAAUGUGAAGGAGCCUCAAAAUUAUGACAAUUUUGAAUUAUAUAUGCAAAAUGGCAUUUAAAAUGCCUACAGACAGAUUAAAUGAACUAGGUUAAAGUAAAUGCAUUAGAUUGUGUUAAUUAAUGGACAGAAAAUGCAUACAUACUUUAUAAACAAGAAGCAGAAAGAAUUUCAAAUCAUGCUCAAGAAAGGAAGAGUAGGCCGAGCUGUAACUGUAGGUCUCCAUCUGAAGGUUCUCUGAAACUUUGUCAUAUGAAACAUUGUUAGAUUAUAUGACAGGUGUCCUCACAGAUGGUUCCUUUGAUGUCAUCCAUGUUGGUUUUCAUACAGCAGACAAGGACUUGCUCUGAUCCUGAAAAUCUAAAGUUCUGUUUUACCCCGAACCCUUAAAGAAAGUGUAGGUGUGACUACUGACCUUGUGCUGGAAUCAUGACCAAACAGUUACAUGAGGCAGCUUCACCUUCCAUGAAGCUUUUCACCUCUGAAUUAUUUCACCUGGUCUCUAGAUGCUAAAACUAUAAGUCAAAUAAAUGAUGUGAUGAAAAGG